CAUUGACAAGCGACGGACAGCCGAAGGGCCGUCAUCGAUUCUCAUUGCUGUAUUAGAUAUAUCUAUGUACGCAUGUCGCGGUGUUUGUCAGUCGAUCCGCUAAUUGUUAGAUAUCCUUUUGUGUUGAUUGCUGUUUCCCGGUGGUGUCUGUGUGGUUGUGUCGGUCGGUCAUCUUGUACAGUAUAUACCCUCUGCCCUCUGCCCUCUGCACGUGCACACGUACACCUGCGGUGUUGCCGCCGUGAACGAACGAAUGGAUGAAUAUGAUAUGGCUGCCUGCCUUUGUCUAUCGGAAACGAACCAUUGAAACGUAGAGAGUCUUGCGCAUGGAUUCACACAUCAACCAUCGCACAGGUCGGCGUCUUUCGAUAAAAACACGUGAUUGCUCUCAAUUUGGCGUUCAUCCUCUCUGUGUCUCUGUAUGGGGUCUGUCAGAGUGCAUGAGCACUAUGGGCGUGUUGGUCCCCAACAUCCUGUACUACGACAUCGCCUUACAAGAAGGUGGGUUCAUGAUGGAUGGUUUGAUGGAUCGUGAACGUGUCUGUGGCCACAGGCGUGAUGUAUCCGUGGAAUGACGCCAUUGCACGCAAGGUUGAGGGGUUGGUGUCGGCGCAGCGUGGCGGUGCAGCAGUCAAGGUAGUCGUGGACCAGUGGAAUACUGGCUGACCAAACGCGUCCCCCUGUCCCGGUCUGUCUGGGUCGGGCCAAACUCGCGGGCAUCGUGCUGUGACCGACUGACAAUCGAC